AAAAAGAAGACGCCGCAGUGUCACUGCUAAAUGGAGGGAGAGGACACAAAAUGGUGACGUUGUGGCGAAAACAAGCAAGUCCCCCUCAUCAGGCUCAUCUGCUCCACGGGCCAGAUCAGAAAACUUUCUGGAUGUGAUGCUGGAUGGGCAGGAGGCAAGGAAUUAUGAUGCCUGUCUGGAGGGAUCUGGAGAGGGUUCUACAAUCCACUAGCGCCCCUGACUCUGAUGUUAGUGCUGAGCUGCACACCAGCACACGAACAGCAGCCUCAGACUGGGGCAUUAGGAGCAGCAACACAUCAGAGAGAUGGCUAGAAGCCCGACCCCAGCUGGUGGAGAAUAUGCUGAAAGCCACCAUCAUAAGGGCAGAGUUCUGCCAGAUGUGCAAAACAGAGAGGGCAGUAAUCCGGUGUGCAGACUGCAUGUCACUGUCACACCUCUGCUGUGGCUGUGACCAGAAGCACCACCAUGUAUAUUCUCUGCACAACCGGUCAUCCCUUACAAAUAACUGUCGCAUCCCUCUGCCACCAACGGUUAUGGUGACAAAUGAGGGGAGACAUGACACAUGUGCCAGAAUCUUGCCAAUGGAACUGCCACAACACAUUUGUGACUGCUCUAAUAGUGUGUCAGUCAUUGUUGGGAGGCCUGUGGUUUUUGUCAAUAUAAAUGGACGAUAUGAUUUGAAUCUCCCUGAGCUACGCUGCAGAGGCUGUUGUGCCAGCUGGACCCCCCAGUUAGCAGACCUGCAACAAAGUGGCUACUGGCCGGCCACAAUCCAAUUCUGCACAGUACAUGAUACUGACAUAUUUCAACGCUUCAGGGAAAUGAAGUUGGUGGCCCCAGGGAGUUCCCGGCUAUCGUUUAUAAGGAUGCUGGAAGUCCAAACAAAGCAGCAUGGCAGGACUGGUAAAGUGUGUUCUGACACAUUUUACAAAGCUUUCAUGGAGUGGGUCAUCAGCUCUAUUAUGCAGAAUACAGAAGUUUGUAUUGUUUUUGUCAAUUAUGUGUCAUAA